CAAAGAGCGCGGUUUUGUUUCCCUCCAAAUUAAUUUCACCAUUUCCCUCUCUAUUUGUCUCUUCCAAUCACAAUCCUACCAUUCUUUCCGAUCUAAUCAUAACUCACCCUUCCCUCUCCGCUGCUCAGAGAUUCACUCUCUUCGCAAUUCAACUUCUUUCAACAAUGUCUUCUGAAACCCUAGAAAACGAGAGGCCACAAGCGGAAGAAGAAGUCCAAGCUGAGGAAAAUCACACCGAUCAAGAAGACACUCCGGUGAAGAACCACGUGAGCGAAAACGGAAACGUAAAAGAAAAGGACGAGGUAGAAGAAGAGACUGAUGAGCGUGACGAAGCGAAGUCUAGCAAGUCACCAGAAGAAAGCGGUUACGCUACGCCAACUAGUAAGAGACCAACUAGGGAGAGGAAAACGGUGGAUAGGUACACUGUUUCUUCGCCCGAUAAGUUUCACAAGUCUUCUUCUCUCAAAGCUUCGUCAAUUGAAAAGGGCAACGGUACGCAGCUCAAGGACAUUCCAAAUGUGGCUUUCAAGUUAUCAAAGAGAAAAGCUGACGAGAACCUGCAUGCGCUUCAUAAAAUACUCUUUGGGCAAAGGGGAAAGGCAAUCGCAGUAAAGAGAAAUAUAGGACUGUUUUCUGGCUAUGUGUGGACUGACAAUGAGGAAAAACUGAAAGCAAAGACAAAGGAGAAGAUUGAGAAAUGUGCGAAAGAAAAGUUGGUGGACUUCUGUAAUGUGCUUAAUAUUCCGAUAAAUAAGACCACUAUGAAGAAAGAGGAACUGUCUGCGAAGUUGUUUGAAUUUUUGGUGUCCCCGCAUGCUACAACUGAUGUUCUUCUAGCCGACAAAAAAAUGAAAGGUAGAAAGCGGGGCAGAAAGCCAACCCCAAACAAAUCUGAAACACCUGCCAAGAAGCAAAAGAAAACCUCAAUAGCUCGGAAAAAGCAAAAGCAGUCUUCUGAUGUCGAGGAGAGUGAUGUAUCUGAACCUUCCGAGGCAGAAGUUGAUUCUGAGGAAGAUGAUGUUCCAAAAAGUGAAAGUGAUCAUGAUGACGAAAACAUGUCAGAGAAAGAGGAAGAUAAAGAAAAGGCUCACACUGGGUCUUCGACGAAGACUCUGAAUGAAGACCAAGACGAACCAGCAAAGAAGACUACUACAGUAGAGACAACCAAGAGCAAUGAAAAAACUCCAAAAAGAUCUACUUCAAAAAUAGCUCGUAAUGACAAUACUUCGAAGUCCAAGCAGUCUACUUCCAAUAAACAGAAAACAGUAAGGGAAAACCAGAAUUCGAAAAGGAAGGUUGCAGACAAAAAACGAACAGACAAGUCUUCAAAGGCUUUAGUUAAGGAUGGAGGAAAAGGUAAACGUAGCGAGAAAGCUGAAGACGGACCUAGUAAGAAUGAAAUGCAUCGAGUGGUAGUUGAUAUUUUAAAGAAAGUAGAUUUCAAUACGGCAACUUUAUCCGAUAUCCUGAAACAACUUGGUACUCAUUUUGACGUGGAUUUAAUGCAUAGAAAAGCAGAGGUGAAGGAUAUAAUUACAGAUGUAAUUAAUAACAUGUCAGAUAACGAUAAGGAGGAAACAUCAAAUGUUGGAGACGAUGACGGUGAAGACGAGGCAUUGUUGUAGUAUCAUAGUUUAAGUAUCUGGUUCAUUCCGCAGCUAAAUUCUCUUACCAUGGUUAUGGUUACGGUGGCAGCCGUCUCUUUCCAUAAUAGGUAUUGAUGAAUAUUUGUUGAGUGGGACCCUUUUCCAUUAUAGGUAUUCUCAACUUGUUGGUAUUUCCUAGCUUUAACCCCGUCCUGUUUAUUAUUGAGGUUACCUCAAUUUUACUUUGUAUACUGAAUAGGUUUUAUUUACGUGGGUGUAAACAAUAUUGCCUUUUGAAUCAGAACACCGUGCAAUAUUUUAAUAGCUCGAACCCAGAUUAUGAGUCUUUCA